AUGCCGCGUUCUCUACGCCGUGCCGCCCUUGCUCUAGGUUCUAAGCGCACAGUCAAGGUUGGCAUUACCGGCAAGUACGGCACUCGUUAUGGCUCGUCGCUGCGUCGCCAGAUCAAGAAGAUUGAGGUGUCGCAGCACAGCCGCUACACGUGCUCCUUCUGUGGCAAGGACACUGUGAAGCGCCAGGCUGUGGGUAUCUGGAACUGCAGCGCGUGCAAGAAGGUGGUCGCCGGUGGCGCCUGGUCGAUGAACACCACGGCCGCGGCCACGGUCCGCAGGUAUGUGCCACGGUCUAACCCCAGCACGAUCCGUCGUCUGCGUGAGAUCAGCGAGGCGUAA